AUGGGCUCGCUUGAUGCAUAUGCAUACUAUGAGAUGGCCAUAACAAACGAUGAACGACGCACUGCUUAUUUUGCCGAUCGUCUUUCCGAAGCUGGUUGUGCGAUGUACCCGGAUGUGAGCACGGAUAUGCGACUUUACAAAGUCCCUCGAACCGAUGAGAACAAUGCCCUCGAGAGGAGAUUCCCGGGCACCUGUCAUGCUCGAUUGGUUGAGAUGGUCCAGCAGUCUGCACAGUUCACCUACACUGAGGCAGGCGACGAAGAAUAUGGGAAACUAGUUUCGUUGAUACAGAAACAGAUAGAAAUAGACUCUCGAGAUGGGUCGUGGAAAGCACUAGGAUACCAGGAAGAUCCAUCCCUAUACGUAGUGGAGAACACCUCCGUGACUGCUGAUGUGCUCAUCAACAACAUGCAUGCCAGCGUCAAGUCCGGUGCCGAUAAGAUCCGCAUUUACCGUCGAGGAAACGACGUCUUGCCGCUUUGUAGCCUCAGCAUUGAAGGCGAGGCGGCCGUUAUGGCGGAUUCGAAUCCCUCCAGCCACACACUUAAAUUGCAAAAGAACUUCCGAAUACAGGGCUUAAGCACUCCCAAGUAA